AAUGGAUAAAUUGAAUAGUGUUAUGUACUAGUAUAACGAGUGUGUUUGUAAAAAGGAUGUUAAAAUGUGUAGUUUUACUUGCAAUUGUUCAACUAACGCUGACCAAGGGUCAGCCCCACCAUUCCCGAAACGAAACAAACAUGUCGCUGCAGCGGCUCACAGCGCUGCGGGCUCUCAUGGCGGCCCAGCCGACCGCGCUGGCUGCCUACAUAGUGCCCACAGCCGACGCCCAUAACUCCGAGUACAUCGCCCCAGCAGACGGCCGUCGCGAAUGGCUGUCAGGCUUCACCGGCUCGGCGGGCACCGCGGUGGUGACCACCGACCGUGCCCUGGUGUGGACCGACGGCCGCUACUACACGCAGUUCCAAAAGGAGGCAGAUCUGGCGCUCUGGACACUGAUGAAGCAGUCUCUUCCUGACACUUUGUCAAUGGAAAAGUGGCUGGUGAAGAACCUGGUGGAAGGAUCAGUUGUGGGCGCUGAUCCUCACACCAUGACCAGAGACGAGUGGACCCCGCUGCAAACAGCGUUAUCGAAAGCGAAUAUGCAGCUAAUCGCCAUACCGCGUAACUUGGUGGACGAGGCGCGGGUACAGUUGAACGAACCGCCCCCGCCCCGCCCCCACAACCCCCUUCUACCACUCUCCGUCAAAUACACAGGUAAAACAGCAGAGCAGAAGAUAGAAGAGCUAAGAAGUAAGAUGGUGGAAAAGAAAGCUGCCGCGCUGGUGAUAACUGCACUUGACGAAGUCGCAUACACUCUAAAUCUACGCGGCUCAGACAUAGACUACAACCCCGUGUUUUUUUCCUACUUGGUGCUGACGGCCAACACAGCCGACCUGUUCUGGGGGAACGGUGUGCUGACGGACGAGAUUAAGGGCCAUUUGAAGUGGGAGGGGGUGGAGAUCACUGGCCGCCCGUAUGAAGACGUGGUCGGCCAUCUUGUUGCUAUGGCGCGUGAGCUCUCUGAGAGCGGGGACUGUGCGAAAUCCGUGUGGCUGUCCAGCGACGCUAGUGAAGCCAUACACCGUGCUGCUGCCGGCGGUGACAGCAUCAAGAAACCUCUCUGCUUAAUAUCGGAAGUGUCACCGGUGGCGCUCGCUAAGCUUAUCAAGAACGACGUGGAGUUACUGGGCUUCCGUAACUGCCACGUGCGCGACGGUAUAGCUGUUAGCCGCCUCCUACGUUGGCUGCACGUGCAACUAGACUCUGGUGCGACAGUUACAGAACCGCAGGCCUCAGACAAGCUGCUUGAGUUCCGCAAAGAGGAAGCUGACUUCAUGGGCCCCUCUUUCGAGACGAUAGCGGGCGCCGGCGCGAACGGAGCCAUCAUACAUUACACUCCUUCUAAAGACUCCCCUACUGUCAUCAAGAGGGACGACAUGUUCCUUCUAGACUCAGGAGGACAAUACAAGGAUGGCACAACGGACAUAACUCGCACCCGGCACAUGAGUAAUAACCCUACAGCGGCCCAAAAGGACGCCUUCACCAGGGUGCUGAAGGGACAGAUAGCCGUCGGUUCAGCCCUGUUCCCUCAGGGAGUCAAGGGCAACGUUCUCGACAGUUUCGCCCGCAAGGCCCUGUGGGACGUGGGGCUGGACUACGCGCACGGCACGGGGCACGGCGUGGGACACUUCCUCAACGUGCACGAGGGACCCGCCGGCGUGUCGUGGCGGCCCUACCCGCACGACCCGGGCCUCCAGCCGCAGCAGAUACUGAGCAACGAGCCCGGAUACUACAAGGUGGGGGAGUACGGGAUACGGCACGAAGAUUUAGUAGAGACUAUCAAUGUCACCAAGGACUCCGAUCAUCCUAGGGCUCAACACCUGGUGGGCGACUAUGAUGGUCGCGGUGUGCUCGGCUUCAGCACUCUAACGCUGGUGCCGCAACAGCGCGCCUGCAUCGACGUAAACCUGCUUGAUGAUUUCGAGUUGGCGUAUCUGAACGCGUACCACAAGCGAGUUCUCGACACACUCGGCCCCAUACUGGAGGCCCGCGGCCUCGCGGACGACGCGGCCUGGCUGACGGCCGAGUGCGCCCCUAUCGCCAGGGGAUAGAUCAGCUGAGAUUUCGAUGUCCUGUAUAGGAAUUGAAAAAAUAAGUUAAUACUGAUGAAACGUUUAUAUUUUUUGUAACUUAUCCUGUAUACUAAUAUUAAACCAUGCAAUAAAUGUUGAUAAAUUAAU